AUGAAACCGAACGCCUAUGAGGAGGGCGCCAUCACCCACGAGUGCCGCUCGAUGUGGCUGCUUGGGCACAACACCUCUCUGCUCUUGGCCUGCGGCAGUGGGCAACUCCAGAGCUGUGUGAGCUUCGCGAAGGGCUUCAUGGCGAGUUGCAUUAACAAGCUGAUCGCCCUCAAGGAUCCGUUCAAGAUCUACGUCACCAUGGUAGCUUUUAAGGACAGUAAAUCGAUCAGGGAUUUACUGGACGAUAAGAAAAAUUCUUACGAGACGUUGCAGGAGACGAGUUCGCCCAUUUACGGCCCGGCGAUUGGUAAGAUUCAAGUUAUGGAAAUCAGCGACGUCGCGGAAUCCGCGAAAGCUAUCGAAAAGUGUAUCAAAUCUGGUACAGAUCCUAAGGAGCUCAUAUGUUGUUAUUUUGUGCUGAAGCAAGCAAAGAAAGUCAACGACAAGACGGUUUGCUACCUUUCUUCACUUAACAUCAGCUUUUCUGGCGAGUCUGGGCAGCAUUACCUUGAUAUUAAGGACAAAAAGUCGACAGUUCCUUACAAUCUAUAUCGCUACUCUAUUGGUGGUGGUAGUACGUCCGUAUGUGUUGCUUGCGUUGGUGAAAAGGACGAGUCCGCCAUGAAGGUGAUAGAUGCAUGCAGCAAAAUUAGGGGAGUGAAGAACUCGCCACCACGAAGCGGCAAUGUUGCACGUUUCGUAGAAUUCACUCAGGGUGAGGUUUUGAAGUGUAAAGAAAAGAUUGAGAAGGCAGAUAACGAUUCUACAAAGAAAACUUGUCAAAGUAUAUUGGAACGCAUGGAGCGUAUGUUGAAGGAUGCGGAGGAACUGCUGGCGGACCCUAUUAAAACAAAACCCUUAGCUUACUAG